AAAGGCAGGAAUGCAAAGUAGUGACAAGCGAAGGGGCUGAUAUAUGUCUCAGUAACGAGUCUGACAAUCAGAAUGUAGCUCUUGGAGAAUAGAUAGAUUUUAAUAAGUGUGUUUACAUGAGCUCAAGGUCAGAAGCAAGCUGCGCUAUGUUAAAUGGUUUCUUAGUUGCUAGACAGAGAGAAAAAAUGGACGAUCACACACCAUUCUUUGUAGAUUAUUAUAUCAAGGGUUCAGUCUCUGGCUCAUCAAAGCUAAAUGCCGCAAGACCUAUCUAGUUGCUGUGAAUUAUGCCAGGGCGACAAUGGAGAGCGUUUUUAAUGGUACAAUGCAUUUCACCUACCAGAUAGGGGGAGGCCGAGCCGGAGAUGGGGAUGUCUACUGGGGCUGGGUGAUGAGUAUCAAUGAACGGGGCGAUUCUGAAAAGAGGCUGAUGAAAAUCGAGCCUGCCCUGCCCGGGCUGGGCUGGGAACAGUUCUCAGGGCUCUGCCGAGUGGGCGAGCGAGGCGCGCGAGCAGGGCGCCCGUCCCCCCUCAGCCCCGGAAAAUGAUCAAGUCAAUCAUGUGGACAUGUUUCAUUAUUCAUUGAACACAAUCUUUUACAACGCUCCGUUUACGUGCCCGAGUUUGCUCCCGACGCCCGCGUUUCAAUGUUUAAGUUCCUGACCACCACGGCUUUAAGAAUAUUCUUCACCCAGGAGGGAGCUGCAUUGGUUUAAGACUUGUCUGGGAGCUGGGACGCCCCUCUGGCAAUCUGUCAGUGCCUGAACCAGCAGCCUCCUUCCUGGAGUAUUUUCUCACCAGACUGACAGUCCUUAAGACAAGUAUGCAGUUAAGCUGCUAAGGGAUGGAAGACGCGAGUCUGUGCCUUGGAGUGUCCUCGGCGGCCCCGGAAGCUGAGCCCCACCUGAGCAGCCCGGUCCUCAACGGCCAGUAUGCCAUGAGUCAGAAGCUGCACCAGAUCACCUCGCAGCUCAGCCAUGCCUUCCCCGAGCUGCACCCGCGGCCCAACCCCGAGGAGAAGACCCCCGCACCCCUGGAUGAGAAGGCCCACGUGCCCAUGAGUGGCCAGCCCAUGGGCAGUCAGAUGGCGCUGCUGGCUAACCAGCUGAGCCGCGACGUGGACACCAGCCUCAACGGGCGGGUGGACCUGCAGCAGUUCCUCAACGGGCAGAACUUGGGUAUCAUGUCCCAGAUGAGCGACAUUGAGGACGAUGCGCGCAAAAACCGGAAGUACCCCUGUCCUCUCUGUGGCAAGCGCUUCCGGUUUAACAGCAUCCUGUCCCUGCACAUGCGCACCCACACCGGAGAGAAGCCCUUCAAAUGUCCUUACUGCGACCACCGCGCGGCGCAGAAGGGCAACCUCAAGAUUCACCUGCGGACCCACAAGCUGGGCAACCUGGGGAAGGGGCGCGGGCGGGUGCGCGAGGAGAACCGCCUGCUGCACGAGCUGGAGGAGAGGGCCAUCUUGCGGGACAAGCAGAUGAAGAGCAGUCUGCUGCAGCCGCGGCCCGACCUGAAGCCCCCGCCGCACGUGCAGCAGGCGCCGCUGGCUGCCUGCAACCUGGCCCUGCCUGCCAACCACAGCGUGCCCGACGUGGCCAACCCAGUGCCCUCACCCAAGCCAGCCAAUGUUCAGGAGGACGCGGGGCCGCCAGCGGCGGGCUUCCGCUGCACCUUCUGCAAAGGCAAGUUCAAGAAACGGGAGGAGCUGGACCGCCACAUCCGCAUCCUGCACAAGCCCUAUAAGUGCACUCUGUGCGACUUCGCCGCGUCGCAGGAGGAGGAGCUCAUCAGCCACGUGGAGAAGGCUCACAUCACCGCAGAGUCGGCACAGGGCCAGGGCCCCAACAGUGGCGGGGAGCAGUCGGCCAACGAGUUCCGCUGCGAGGUGUGUGGCCAGGUGUUCAGCCAGGCGUGGUUCCUGAAGGGCCACAUGCGGAAGCACAAAGACUCCUUCGAGCACUGCUGCCAGAUCUGUGGCCGGCGCUUCAAAGAGCCCUGGUUCCUCAAGAACCACAUGAAGGUCCACCUCAACAAGCUGUCGGUGAAGAACAAGUCCCCCAGUGAGCCCGAGGUGCCUGUGCCCAUGGGCGGCAUGUCUCAGGAGGCCCAUGCCAACCUGUACUCCAGGUACCUGUCCUGCCUGCAGAGUGGCUUCAUAGCCCCAGAUAAAGCCAGCCUGAGCGAGCCUGGCCAGCUCUAUGGCAAGGGGGAGCUCCCCAUGAAGGAGAAAGAGGUGCUGGGAAAGCUGCUGUCACCCCUCUCCAGCAUGGCACACGGUGUCCCUGAGGGCGACAAGCACUCGCUCCUGGGAUGCCUCAACCUUGUGCCGCCGCUGAAAUCCAGCUGCAUUGAGCGGUUGCAGGCGGCUGCCAAAGCUGCAGAGAUGGACCCCGUGAACAGCUACCAGGCUUGGCAGCUGAUGGCCAGGGGCAUGGCCAUGGAACAUGGCUUCUUAUCUAAAGAGCAUCAGCUCCAGCGUAACCACGAAGACGUUUUGGCAAACGCUGGAGUUAUGUUUGAUAAGGAGAAGCGGGAGUACGUGUUACUGGGAGCAGAUGGCUCCAAGCAGAAAAUGCCUGCUGAUUUGGUUCACAGCACUAAAGUGGGCAAUCAGAGAGACCUGCCAAAUAAGCUCGACCCUUUAGAAGGCAGUCGGGAUUUUUUGUCACAUGGGCUGAACCAAACGCUCGAAUAUAACCUGCAGGGCCCCGGGAACAUGAAAGAAAAGCCUACCGAGUGCCCUGACUGUGGCCGCGUGUUCCGCACCUACCACCAGGUGGUUGUCCAUUCCCGAGUCCACAAGCGGGAGCGCCGGGGGGAUGAGGACGGGCUGCACGCAGGCCUGGAUGAGCGGCGCGGCUCUGGCAGUGACCAAGAGUCCCAGUCGGUGAGCAGGUCGACCACGCCAGGCUCCUCCAAUGUCACUGAGGAGAGCGGGGUCGGAGGUGGCCUCUCCCAGCCCGGGAGUGCUCAGGAGGACAGCCCACAUCCUUCCUCGCCGUCCUCCUCAGACAUCGGUGAGGAGGCUGGGAGAUCUGCCGGUGUCCAGCAGCCGGCGCUGCUCCGAGACAGGAGCCUGGGCUCGGCCAUGAAGGACUGCCCAUACUGCGGGAAAACAUUCCGGACAUCCCAUCACCUCAAGGUCCACCUGAGGAUACACACAGCGUGUGCCUACACCAUAACCAGCAGGAGAGGAGGAAGUGACUUGUCCUCACAAAUUGUGUUGACGCAGCCUCCAGGUGACUUAAAAGGUGAGAAACCCUACAAGUGUCCUCACUGCGACUAUGCCGGCACCCAGUCAGCAUCCUUAAAAUACCACUUGGAACGACACCACCGUGAGCGACAGAAUGGAGCUGGACCACUGUCUGGACAGCCCCCAAGCCAAGACCACAAGGAUGAGAUGUCUGGCAAAGCCUCCUUGUUUAUCAGGCCAGAUAUUCUGAGGGGGGCCUUCAAAGGUCUCCCCGGAAUUGACUUCAGAGGUGGCCCUGCCUCUCAGCAGUGGACAUCGGGAGUGCUGUCCUCUGGAGAUCAUUCUGGGCAGGCCACCGGUAUGUCUUCUGAUGCUCCUCCAGAUGCCCUAAAAGGGGCCGACCUUCCUUCCAAAAGCGCCCACUUCUCUGAGAUUGGAAGAGCUUAUCAAAGCAUCAUGAGCAAUGGUGUGAAUUUCCAAGGGUCCUUGCAAGCGUUCAUGGACAGUUUUGUCCUUAGCUCCUUGAAGAAGAAGGACAUGAAGGACAAAGCCCUGUUGGAUCCCCUCUCCAUGAAAGUCCACGGAGCAGAAGGCAGUGAGGAGAAAUCCAGUGGUAAGUCUUCCCAGAGGAAGUCUGAGAAAUCUCAGUACGAGCCUCUAGACUUGUCUGUGCGGCCAGAUGCUGCCUCCCUCCCAGGCUCCUCGGUGACAGUCCAAGACAGCAUCACGUGGCACGGCUGCUUGUUUUGUGCUUUCACAACAUCCUCCAUGGAGCUCAUGGCCCUUCAUCUCCAGGCCAACCACCUGGGCAAAGCAAAACGCAAAGAUAAUGCCACUGGAGGGACAGUCAACUGCAAAGAGCAGGUGCGGGAGGCCGGUAAGAUGGCCCUGCUGACCUCGGUACAAUCAAACAAAGAGAUGGGCCUUUCCAGUACGAUGGGCUCACUAGACUCUGUGUCAGAGAAGAUGGCCCAAGGACAGGCCAAAGAGACUCUAGGGGACCAGAAGAGUGGCCCAUGGCCCAGCCAUGUGGACCCUUCAUUUUGUAACUUCCCACCUGACUUCUACAAGCAGUUUGGUGUUUACCCGGGCAUGGUUGGCUCAGGGGCCUCCAGUUCCUGCCCCAACAAGGAUCCUGAUGGGAAAGCCCACCUGGAAGAUGAUGCCCCAAUCCUGAUCCCCGAAACCACAAGUAAGAGCACUGCUGAUGACCUCUCAGACAUCGCCUCCUCCGAGGACAUGGAUUCCUCCAAGGGAGAGAACAAUGAUGAAGAAGAUCUGGAGACUGAAGCAGAAAUGAUGAGCAGCAAGCCUCUGCCUGCCCUCAGCAAGGACAGCAGCAGCGAUGGCGGGGACAGCCUGUUGCCCACUGGCACCCCUCAGCCGGUCCAGGGACUCAUCUCACCCUUAGCCCCAGCAUCGGAGAAGCAGUGGCACAGCCCAGGCCUCCUUCCUGCCCAGGACCCCUCCGGGGGCCUGCCCAAGCCAGAGCGGGGGCCCAUGGGCCUAGAGAAACCGCUGAACAUGCUGUCGGUCCUCAGGGCCUAUAGCGCCGAUGGCUUAGCAGCCUUUAACGGACUUGCAAGUAGCACAGCGAAUUCUGGAUGUAUCAAGAGGCCAGACUUGUGUGGUCACAGGCCUUUCCAGUGCCGCUACUGUCCGUACAGUGCCUCUCAGAAGGGGAAUCUGAAGACCCAUGUCCUCUGCGUCCAUCGCAUGCCUUUCGACAACAGCCAGUAUCCUGACCGCAGGUUCAAGCGCUCCAGGGUUGACUCAGAGGCGUCUGGGAAUUUUGAGGAGCCCACACCUGUCAAGGCGGGGAGCUCAGUGGAGCUAACAGAGGAGGGUGCCAGGGUCCAGGAGGAGAGCAACUGAGCAGACCCACUGUACAUUGCAAUAUUAUUUUCCACAGUUCUAAGAUGAUGCAUCUGUUAAGAGUUCACUGCAUUCCAAGGGGAAAAAUCAUGUACAAUCCCUCUCACUAGUGUAUAGAACAUUUAAAGAAAUUUUAAAAGAUAUCUAUAUAUAUAUUAAAAAAAAAAUCCCCCAGCCCUUGAACAUGGCUGCUAAACUGUUACCCGGCAACAAGUACUUCCAAACAAUGCAGGUGGGAGAAAAAGUGAUUUCAAAAAUGCUUGGUGUCUUUAGAGCUCGGUAAAGCUGGGGGCCCUUCCAACUCGAAAAAUAAUGCUCUUAACCGAAAAGCGAUAUCAUCUAAAUCAUUUAGCAUUGCCUUGAAGACGGAGGGGCUGUGUUUUCGCUGUUGAAAACACCUCUAUAAUCUGACACCAGCUGCUGUCAUUUGCCUAGCACCCUAAUGAGAUGUGUGGGGAGGCAGCUGCGGUGCCAGUCAGACUGGAGAGGUCACUGCAGAGAAAAUCAAUUCGAGUGGUGUCCUUCUACACUCCCGGAGAAACCUUAGAAGGGCCGCAGCCAGCGCCAGGGCUGACCGACACUGCAGAGCAUUGCGAUCUUAAAUGUGCAUUUAAAAAAAAAUACACAGCCAAAUGAAUCAAUGGUCAGGAAGUGUCUGCAGACAAAUGUCCAUUGCAGGUUUGAUGAGUAAUUCCUUUUUUUUUUUUAGCUCAAAUUGCAGUAUUGAGAGAUAUGGGUUUUUUUCCCCCUCCUUGCUUGUCUUUUUAAUUUUUAAAAAAAUUUUUGGAUGAAGAAGAUGGAUAUUAAAAAUAAAUUGUAGGGUACGUUGCAUAAAAUGUUAGGAAAACUGGCCAUCCCUAUCCAUAGACAGUACUGGUGAGAAAUUGCAAUUUAUGUGAAAAUAGAAAGAUUUUAUUAUGAUUUUAAAAAUUUUACUUGAAUGAAGGCUGCUCCGGUCUCUGUUAUCAGAUGUUUUUUUCAUGUGUUAGUUUUUGUAAGUGUCGCAGACACGAAGCACUAUUUUCUUCUCCAGCACGCUCUUAUGAAAUAGCUGGUAUUAAAGUAUGAAUCUAAACAUCCUGCUCUCUAUCUUUAAUGAAGAAAACUGUUUGAGUUGAAAUGUCUGUUUUUGUAAAACAAAUGUGUUCUAUAUUUUUGUAGAUUUUAGAUUUUCUACUGAUUGGAUACUCCAAAUUUAUCAAGUUCUGCACCACACAAAGGGAGAUUUUGAGGGACCAUAAUGAAACACUUAACUGAUUUUUUAAAAAAGACUGAUUUAAGAAAACUAGCUAAAGGUUUAUUCUUGAAUCUGCUCCAAUGAUGUAAAAGUUCCGCCUUUUCACAUGCUUCCUUUGAGUGACACAAAAUUGGUGCUGCUGCUUGUGAUGGUAGAGAAGUAUUGAAGUAUUAACUUCUAAAACAAAAUCAUUCAGACUUAAAAAAAAAAAAGUCAAUCUUUCCUUUCAGGCUGGGAGCACACAAUAAAACCCCAGGGCCUUAAAAACUUCAGCUCUGCCUACAGCAGUUUACAAAAAUACUAAACUGCAAUCAAUGUAAAUAAAAUUCUUAGCGCUAUCCUGAGACCAGAAAGAAUCUCAGGCUAAUAAGGAAUCCGGUUUGCAUAUGCUGUCAAAGAGUGUCAUCUAACCGAGGUUUCAGUGCAAAUGAGGUCUCUACUCAGCUCAGACCCAUCUGGCAUAGAGCAAGCUGCUUUCUUGUUUUCCUAGUCUAGUUCUCACUGCCUUACUUAAAUCGAGUUGAUAAACUUAAUGCAACUGUUUCUACGAUCCUAGAGAAAGGACUGAAAAUGUUAUUGGAAACUUUCUGACUGUAGUAAGCUUUAGGAUUUUAACUGCACUACUGUGUUUGGUGACUCUGCCAGUCGCUUGCUUUCUGUGUGUUUGCCCUGCCUUUGGUAUCUUAGCAAAGAAAAAGAAAAAAAAAAGAAAAAAGAAGAAAAAAAACAAGAAAAAAGAAAAAAAAAGUGGAAAAAAAUGAGAGCCACAUUCCAUUUCUAGCACUUUGGGAGCUCUUUCAGUAUUCUUGUGUCUUCUGGGCAUCGUCAGAUGCGACAGGCAAUAAUUCUGUUUGUGACAUGGGGAACUUCCCCUCUUCUUUGUGGCGUGUGUGUUGAUUCCAUUUUGUCCAGUGCUACCAUCCUUACCCCCGCUCUGACACAGGCCUUCUUUCCAGAACAUUUGUAACUUGUAAUACAAACAAGUGACAGCCGCAGUGAUGCCAUGUCAGGUUCUGAAUGUCAUCAGGUUCUCAUAUCUAAACAUGUCAAGUUUUUUCCCUGUAACUUCUGUAGUCUGUGAUGCUGGUCAUAAUACUGUCUACAUUCCUACGCAAAGAAAAAAAAAAUCUAUCUUGGAGGAAAUCUGAGAUCAAUAGAGUAGAGGAUUUUGUUGCUAUGCUUGUAACAAGUAGAAAACUUUGUAUUUAAAGUUUAUUCUUGGUCAUUAUUUAUUAUUAUAAUACAUCAGUUGACAGAACUUUAUUCUGGUAUAGAAAGUAUUAAAAGUUGUUUUUUCAGCAAUGACUGUUUUCUUUCUGCUGUUAGAAUAAAAUGUCUUUGAAGCAGUCCAGUUUUAUCCAGUGUUUUACGCAAUGAAACCUCUACCUCCAGGGAAACAACAAU